AUGAAGUCUGAUAGCUUAAUAACACUCCGACGACAGAUUAGCCAUGCGGCCGCCGAUCGCGACUCUCAUGUCGCUUCCGCGCAGAAAGCACUGUCUACGACCGUUGAGCCAGCACGACACAAUCGUGCAGAGCUGAGAGGGACAGAAGAACAGAUACAGGAGCUAUGGGACGCGGUGAACGAAGUGCGACAAACAAAUGAGAGAAAUCGGGAGCGCUUGCGCAUGCUGCGAGGCUCGCUUGCCACGCGCCGGCGCACGCUCGCAAUCGCAACAUCCACCCAUCAUCAUCUACUUAGCGGCAGCCAUUCCACUUCCGGUUCUCCUGGCUCGACCUCGGCUUCUCCUCCCAAUACCCACACUCCUGGUCUUCCCGGUGCGCCCCACAGCCCACCGGCGUGGCUCCUCGUCGUACUCCGCAUCCUCUUUAUCCUCUAUCCCGGUGGGCGCAGGCGCAUCCACACCCACUGCAAUCCCCCGCCCGCCCCGCGCAGGUCAUCAGUUCAACUCGCCCUCCGCGUCCCCGUCGUCGCGGUCUACCCUGUCGCAUGUCUCUGCGUCCCCGCAGAGUGCGCGGGCUUAGCAAGACAGGUCGACGAAGCGCGAUUCCAGCUGGUCAUGCUUUCAGACAAGCUUGCGAGGGCGAGAUCUGGGCUUGUGCAGGAGCUUGUGGAAGUAUUCAGUGUCGUCGAGGUAGGCGGGCGUCCACCAAUAGGUGGGAAAGCUGGCACUAAGGGCGAAUGGACAAUCGGCGGGUUGGUACUGCCAGUACCGGGAGACAUGAGACGAUACCCUCCUGAUCAUAUCAACGCUGUAAUCACACAUACGAUUCACUUCAUCACCUUACUCUCCUUUUACCUCGGCAUCAAGCUUCCCUUCGAGAUCAUAUGGAGUCGUUCAGGAGCACCGCCUGCUUCAAACCCAAGCUUCAGCUCUUCUAGUUUGAGCCAUGGGAAAGGCAACGGCCUAUUGGGCGUAGGUGUGCCAUGGAUUGGCGCCAUCAAAGGGAACGAGAACGGCGGUUGGGCGAGAUGGUCCGCGAAACAGCCCCUCCAUGUCUCUGCAGCCAGCCCCCCGUCUCCCUCCAGCACGAACGCGCCGUCGUCCUCCCCGUCUCAUCCAUCGUCGCAUUCUCGCUCCGUCAGCACACCCUUCGCCCCUUCCUCUCUGCCGCCCGCUCGUACGCGCUCCGAAAUCUCGGCCUCUCUCGCGGACUCCCAAAUAGAUGAGCAGGUAACAACGACGGGAUCACUACAUGGGAGCUCCUUUACGACCGCGCUCGCAAUGCUCGUAUAUGACGUCUGCUACCUCGCGUACUCACAAGCUGUCGAGGUGCCUCUCGCACAGGCGGGCGAGCUGCUUGGGAAUCUAUGGGCGGUCUGUUGCAGCCCCGAGCUGGGAAGCGCACGGUGCAGGAAGUCGCACUCGACUCAUCCUCUCCUGGCGCCACCUACUCCGCCGAGCUUCCCGCUCGACUUCGCCCAGCUGCUACAGGCGACCGCUGCUAAGCCGACUCGGUCGCGUGCGCGUGGGGCAAGCGGGAAGGAGCGUGCGCACACUGAACAGAUCGUCGAGGAGGACGAAGAAGGGUGGGAUCUUGUAGACCCCAGUGUCGAGUAG